AUGGAUGCGUUAUUCUGCAAUGACCAAGAGCAAGUGGUAGUGUCCCAGCAACAGUUACAGUCUUCAGAUCAGGAUCAUCAUCGACCACCACCACCACCUCUUGCGAAUAGCUUUUUAGAUUACACACCAGACUUGACGACAGAGACACCAGAUGACGAUCCAAUGACGAGUUUUGAUGAUUUCUACAUGUCACCACAAGUGUCUUCGUACCUGCAAUACCUUAAAGAAGACCCUUCACCCAUGGAGCGUUGGCCUGUGCUACAAGAUUGGCUCGGAUUGGAUACCAACAACUAUGCAUCAAACGAGUUUUUGCUUGGGCUACCUACCACAACCACAACCACUAAUACAACCACUACAGCAGCACCAACAGUGUCAGCAAGUGAUCCUCCAACAUCCGAUUGGCUAUACGAUCCCUCCCAUUGCUACUUCCCCGCCGAUCAUAGACCGUCUAUCGACUCUUCAGCAUGCACGGACGAUUUGCAAGACUUGAUUGGCAUGGGUGGCAUGACACGCGACUUUGUUAGUUUGAGUGACGUGAAUUCCUUUGUUGCGGAGGCCGAUUCCCAAAAACAUGCAGCAUCGAUUCAUUUGUCUUACGCUGCACCAGAUCAUUUGCAAGUCGCAGCCGCUGCAGCCGCUGCAGCUGCAGCAACCACAUCCUCAGCUCCCAAUGACAAUGCUCUCGGUAUCACUAGCUUCGUAUCCAUGCCAGUGGGAUUGAACCAAAUGGCAUUGGCCAGUGACUCUGAUAGCGAGACUUCUUCAUCCCAAGGUGUUGCACAAGGAAAUGGUGGUGGUGGUGGUCAUCAUAUCAAACCUCUCAUGAAAAAGUCUGCAUCUUCUUCUACCGCCAUCUCAUCAUCAUUGCGACGUAGAAGAAACCUUCGCAAAUCAUCAUCAUCGGACAUUUUGCAGCAUAGGCGCCAUAGCCACAAGGUACUCAAACGAUCUUCUGAUAGUAUCAGCACACUCCUUGCACGUCAACGAUUAUCAGAUGUUGAAGAUGAGGAAGAGGAUGAAGAUGACGAGUAUAUUUUCAGGGGGGACGUUGACGAUGAUGAUUUUGCAUUGCGCACUUCCUCAAGUACAUCCACGACUUCUUCCGCUUCUGCUCGCAAAGGCCGCAACGUUGACAAGGCUUGUAACCACUGUAAACGAUCUCAUUUACGCUGUGACAAUAUGCGUCCUUGUCGCAGGUGCAUUGCUACGGGUAAAACUGGAUGCAAGGAUGUUGAACAUAAGCCAAGAGGUAGACCACGCCUGAACAAGAAUAUUAAGAAAGAAACAUCACUUUUGUAA